AUGUGUGUUGGCAUCACAAUGAUGCUGGUUAGCACUUUUGUGGCAAUCUACUAUAAUGUGAUCAUUGCAUACAGUAUCUACUACCUGUUUGCAUCUUUUCAAUAUCCUCUCCCCUGGAGUGUCGAGAACUGCAACUCAACAGCACUGAAUGUGACUGUUGGGAAUCAAACCUGCCAGGAUGCAUCCUUAGCUAGCCAGAGCCUCAGCGAGAAAUACUGGAUGAGGUGGCCCUUCAGCGCACUAGCAGUAUGAAUGAAACGGGGCCAGUGGUGUGGCACCUGGCCCUCUCCCUGCUGCUCUCCUGGAUACUAGUCGGAGCAGCUCUCUUCAAAGGCAUCAAGU